GUCAAGAUCUGUAGACAUGAUGUGAUCAUAAGCAUUAGUAUCCUGUACACACAUGCACAAACCUCCCCACCACACACAAACACACACACACACACACACACACAAACAAACACAUAUAUACACGCACUCUUGGAUUUAGUAACAAAAGAAAAUAUUCUCAGUGUAGGCAGUGGUGUUUAUUAAUUUCUUCAAUUCUCAGAAAGAGAGGCUAAUAUAUAUAUAUAUAUAUAUAUAUAUAUAUAUAUAUACUUACACACAUACAUACAUAAAUAUAUACAUAUAUCCAUCCACACACACACACACACACACACAUAUAUAUAUAUAAACUUUGUAAAAGUCAAACAAAAAAAUAGUGAAAAUCGAGACCAGAAACAACUUUGUUGAGAUAAAAUAUGUUUUGAAGAACAGAAAUGAGAGAAUAUCAAAUAGGUGCAGGCCUGGCUAUGCGUUUAAAGAAAUUAAUAAUACUCCUGUCUACAAACAUUUAGAAAAGUCUAAUCAACACUGAUUGUUUACAAAAGAUUUCAAGAAUAAAAGGAAAGUUACCAUUUGUCAAGAACAUCCAAUUCGUUCCAUCCACUGCCAUGUUGGUUCUUCCCUAUUGGAGUAUUUCAUUCCUUGUUUUACCUCAUUUCCUUUAUACCCAGGCCAGAAAAUGGGAUGUGCAAGUUUGUGUCACUCAGGAAUACAGUCAUCCAGUUCACAUUGCUUUGAACAGCGAUACCAAUGCAAGCAUAACAUGUUUAAACAAGGAGAACUGCUUCAGCACUGAAUUUGAAUUGGUCAACACAACACAACCACGUUAUAUUUUCAUUCGCCCACCUUUGGCGUUCAAGGUAAUUGUUCAAAGUCAUGAUCUUCAAGAAGGAUAUGGUGCUCUCUGCCAAAGACAUUGUUAUCGACUCCACUUAACAAAAUGGACACACUGGAGCAUUGAAGUUAAACUUAAUAAGACAUAUGGCAACGAUGAAUAUUCUUUUGAAAUAGAACCUUUUGUUAAGACGAAUGUAGUAUUUAGACCAAAUAAUAAAACAUCAAAUAAAUCAUUCUUUCUUCCUAUGGAAAUGAAUGAAAGGUCGAGAAUAAAGUUAUUGAUGAAAGGAAAAUUUUGGCUGGAUACAGAUAUCAAACUGAAGAAUAUGGAAACUUCCGAAAUAUAUUCCUGUAUUUAUCUUCAUGAUCAAUUUAUUCAAACUUCUUACCAUGAAUGUUCAUCGGCAAACGCUUCUGUGUGGAAAAUAGAAUUAACCUCACGACCCAGACUAAUCAGAAAUAUAACAGAAAUAGAUGUAUUUCUUGGAGUGCCUGGCAGUGAAACGGAUUCUCUACAUAAUCUAACAUUAAGAAAGUUAGCGUAUCUUCCUACAUUCGCUGAUUUUACCAAUAUUGGAAAUAUAAGAACAAGUGAGGCUGAUAUACACUUCAAUGACACCAACAAAGCUUUUGACAUAUUCAAAAUUGUCGUGACAAGAGUACUUACUGGAGAAGAAUAUGGUUGUGCUAACCUACACAAAACAAUCCCGGCUAAAUAUUCAUGCAGACUACUGCAAAGUAAAAAUUGGCAGCUGAGAAUUAUUUCUCCUGAAGAACAUGAGCAAACUUUCUUUGUGGAAAUAAUUCAAGAUACAUUAUCUUUUUUCUCUAGAGGUUUAAUUUGGCGAAAUCUCUGUAAACAUGGAUUUGACUGUGUUGACAAUUUCAAUUUGAAGACGUAUGAAGAUAAUGAAAUAACAGGCUUAAAACUGCAUUUCUUGGAUAAACCUCUCAGAAUCAAUGAUAUAAGUUUGAGGAAUGAUUACUCAGAGUAUAAAUUCAAAGCAACAAAAGAAAGCAAAAUUGAGUAUCACGCGGUGACAGAAUUUAUUCCAAUAACAAAAGAGAAAUUCCAUCCUGACAAAACAGUUCACAAUAUGAAAAUAGUUAUUGGCCUCUUUGUUGUCAUCAUAUUAUUGUUGAUUAUCAUCAUCGUCAUUCUUUGUAACAGGUUCAAGAUGCUGAGAAAGAGCUUAAACAAAGGUUACAUAUCAACACCUCAAGACACUGGUAGAUGUAAAGUCUAUAUUCCUAUGCAAGAUGCUAACAUCACAAGACCCAGUACAGAAUUAGGCUCUCAACUGCAAAACCCUGAAGAUAUAUAUGCAAACACAGAUCCAAUGUCAGGAGGGUCAGCUGCAGUCCGUGAUAGUGCAGUAUAUGAAGAUCUUCACUAAAGAGAACUCGUCACCCUGUUGAUAAACCUAAUAUUGAACACCUCUAUACACAACCUAUCGAUAAUAUAUGCUGAUAAAUUUACACUGUUGAGUAAUUUGGUAUUUUUUUGGAAACUUUGGAAACUGGACUUUGCUUUUUCAGUCAGUGAUAUCAUCACAAAGAAUAUUUGAAUAUAUAUCUUUCAAUGAAUAAUUUUUAAAUAAAAUCUUGAAUAAUUUCUCAUUAUUUUUAACUUAAAAAAGGAAAUAUAAGAAUUUUAAAAAAUGAAAUAAGAAAUUACUCUUGUUUUAAUUAAUUAA